GAAGCGGCCCAGGCUAGCGCAGGGUGUGCGUCGGCGUCGCAGCCACCAGAGGGAUUCUGGGUAACGGCCCCAGCCGGCUGGGGCGGCUGGCUCAGCGUAGCAGGUUCUGCUCACGCCAAGUCGGUUGGCAGUAGGGAUAGUCGGGCCAGGGGCAGCUGGACAUGGAGCAGCCGUGGCCACCGCCAGGACCUUGGACCCUUCCUCGGGCAGAGGGUGAGGCUGAGGAAGAGAGUGACUUGGACGUGUCCCCCUGUUCUCCCCGCUGCCCGCAGCUGCCGGGCGGCAGCGCCCAGAUGUAUAGCCAUGGAAUUGAAUUGGCUUGCCAAAAGCAAAAAGAGUUUGUGAAGAGCUCUGUGGCAUGCAAAUGGAAUCUCGCUGAAGCUCAGCAGAAACUUGGUAGCUUAGCACUGCAUAACUCUGAGUCCUUGGAUCAGGAACAUGCCAAAGCACAAACAGCAGUGUCAGAACUGAGGCAACGGGAAGAAGAAUGGCGGCAGAAAGAAGAGGCUCUAGUACAAAGAGAGAGAAUGUGUCUGUGGAACGUGGAUGCCAUUAGCAAGGAUGUUUUUAAUAAGAGUUUUAUAAAUCAAGAUAAAAGAAAAGAAACAGAAGAUGAAGAUAAAUCAAAAUCAUUUAUGCAGAAAUAUGAGCAAAAAAUCAGACAUUUUGGUAUGUUAAGUCGAUGGGAUGAUAGUCAGAGAUUUUUGUCUGACUAUCCAUACCUUGUAUGUGAAGAAACUGCUAAAUAUCUUAUUUUAUGGUGUUUUCAUCUAGAAGCUGAACAGAAAGGGGCUCUAAUGGAACAAAUAGCACAUCAAGCUGUUGUAAUGCAGUUUAUUAUGGAAAUGGCCAAAAACUGUAAUGUGGAUCCAAGAGGAUGUUUUCGUUUAUUUUUCCAGAAAGCCAAAGCAGAGGAAGAAGGUUAUUUUGAAGCAUUCAAAAAUGAACUUGAAGCUUUCAAGUCAAGAGUCAGACUUUAUUCUCAAUCACCAAGUUUUCAACCUGUGGCUGUUCAGAAUCAUGUUCCCCAUUCUGGUGUUGGAUCUAUAGGUUUAUUAGAAUCCUUACCACAGAAUCCAGAUUAUCUUCAGUAUUCUAUCAAUACAGCUCUCUGCGGUUUAAACUCAGUGGUACAUAAAGAAGAUGAUGAACCCAAAAUGAUGGACACUGUAUAAUUUGGUUAAGACUGCUGAAGCCAAGUGCUAUUUUGUUACAAGAAAGGAAGAACUUGGCUAUUUUCUUGACACUUUUAUGGGUGCUGCACUUUAUUUUUGUUUGGUUUUUGAUGGGAGGGAAAAAAAGAGUACUGAAACGUUUUGUAAAUUUUUUUUUUUUUAUGUGCUGCUAGGUCUUUUUGUUUUGUUUUUCUGAAGAGAGGAGUGGUACGAUAUGUUUCAGGAAGUCAAACUGGACUUUUUUGGGGGGUUUUUGGCUACUAAAAUUUGCCUUUAAUCUUACUGUUCUCAAUUUUGGAAUCAAAGUAUGAAAAUCUGCACAAAUGCAAUGUUUACAAGAACUGGUUGAUUCUAGGAGGCAUCUGCUACAGUCUUUUUUUUAUAUGGAUAUGUACAUGUCCUCUGCAAAAAUGAUUAAAGAUAAAAAUGUACUUGUAUCCUACUGCUAAUUUAGCUGUCAAAUCUGGUGUUUCAUCAUAUUAAAAGCAAUAAAUCAGUAGUUCAUAA